CCGCCUCCGGCGCGAUGUCGCUGCCCGUGGUCCGGCUGGUUUGGCUCGGCCGGGUGCACUACUCCGAGCUGCUGGCGCUGCAGGAGCAUUGGCUUCGGCGGCUACAGGCCGACCCUCGCCCCGGGACCCCGUCGGGCACCAAGGCGGGCGUGCUCUUGGUGUGCGAGCCUGCGGGGCCCGUGUACACGGGCGGGUUACGCGGCGGCCUGACCCCCGAGGAAACUACGCGGCUGAGGGCCUUGGGCGCCGAGGUGCACGCCACCGGCCGCGGCGGCCUGGCCACUUUCCACGGCCCGGGCCAGCUGCUCUGCCACCCGGUGCUUGACCUGCGGCUCCUAGGCCUGCGCCUGCGCACCCACGUGGCGGCGCUGGAGGCGUGCGCCGUGCGUCUGUGCGAGCUUCGGGGCCUGCGGGGCGCCCGCGCGCGGCCGCCGCCCUACACAGGCGUCUGGCUGGGCGAGCGCAAGAUCUGUGCGAUCGGAGUCCGCUGUGGAAGACACAUCACAUCCCAUGGCUUGGCUCUGAAUUGUUCUACCGACCUCACGUGGUUUGAGCACAUUGUGCCUUGUGGACUGAUUGGAACUGGAGUCACUUCCCUGAGUGAGGCACUUCAGAGACUUGUCACUGUGGAUGAAGUAAUGCCAUCUUUCCUUGUGGCCUUUGAGGAGAUUUUCAAGUGCUCAUUAAUGUCUGAGGACAGCCCCAGCUGAAGGACACUCAUUCACCUUAGCCUGGGGAUGAUGGCUCUGCAAUAGAAAGCUCCUAGUCUGACUGAGUCCCUAGAACUACUCUGUGAUUUACUGACCAUGACCGAGGACAGAUCCCGAGCUGUUGCUUCCUGUAUCUCCUCACCUACCUUAGGGAUCAGUAUGAAAAUCCUAUGAAAAGCCCGCCGGGCGGUGGUGGCGCAAGCCUUUAAUCCCAGCACUUGGGAGGCAGAGGCAGGCGGAUUUUUGAGUUCGAGGCCAGCCUGGUCUACAGAGUGAGUUCCAGGACAGCCAGGGCUACACAGAGAAAUCCUGUCUCAAAAAAAAACCAAAGAAAGAAAGAAAGGAAAGUCACAUGCUCCAUAAAGCAUCCCUGUUAAUGUAGACGUUCCAGUGUUAUUAUAAACCAUCAUUUCCUAGUUAACUUGCUACUUUUUCAGUACUGUAUUUAACAGCGAUUUGGGUCUUAAGGUCUUUUGAGUUCCUUGGGAACCAAAUCUCUGUGAGGCCCAGGGAAACGAUAAAGUUACUUCAUUCUCGAAAGACCUGGAUCUUUCUUCAAUAAAGGAGAAAGCCUCUUCAAAAAAUAAAAAUAUUUUUGCCUUUCUGGGUUUGAAUGCCUCAAGUUUGGUAAUUUACCUGUUUUGCUUGAGGUCAACAGAAAUGGGUUAGAGGCGUCGUAAGGACAAGGGUCUGCCUUCCUUGCAUACAAAGGCUAUCUAUAGAGGAAAGAUUUUCCUAAAUGGGAUCCCUGGGUCUGUGUGCAUGUCAGGUCUGCUGAGAAGCAGAAACUUUGUGAUUCAAGACAGCCAAGGAACAUAUUACCUCAUUUCUUGUGGAUCAGGAAUUUUGAAGAAAUGUACCUAGGUUGGUUGGAGUCUUAGCAGAGCUUUAAGGUGUCGGUUGUCAUUAGAAGGCUUAGCUGUCGCUGGAGGUCAGUUUCAGAGAAGCAUCACUCCACUGUGCUUGCUUGGUUGCUACUAGCUGUCGAUGAGAAGCCUCAGUUCCUUACCUGCAGACCCUCCUGUAGGGCACCAGUGACGUGACGUUAGGAGGAGGGCUAUAGGAUCUCCCUCCCAUGUCUUUUAUGAGCUAGCUUUGGAAGUCACACAGUUCUUUCUGUAGUCUCCCAAAUGAGCCUUAUUCAGAGUAUUAGGAAUAUCCCAUUUGCUGCAGGGGAUGAAGCUUUUUAGGAGCCACCUUGGUUUGGUCCCCAUAGCUUGUGAAAAGUGGAGCUGAGCCUCUCUAGGCGUCAAUACUGUUCACCAGAAAUGCAGCAAGAACUGCACUACAAUAUGACAUUUCCUAGGAGCCUCAUUAAAAAGGCUUUAAUGGUUAGUUCUGAUGCAUUUACCUCAAUUCAUUUAACAAAGCUUUAUGAAGCAGUAUAUUUUAUACUUAUACUGUGUUCAACAAUUCAGUACAUGCUUUACACUUUCAAGACACCUCACUUGACUACCCACCCCUCUAUUUAAGUGUAUGCCUGAAACCAUGCCUGCCUUCAUUUACUUAAUUUUUGACAAUGGC